AUGACCCGUCCAGUGGAAGACUUUAUUCCAGAACUCGUGGCGUUUUCCGUUGAUUUCUACGGCUCGCUCUUCAUCUCGGUCUGUAUGUCCAACUCGUCAUCAUUCUACCUGACCGCGAUGUUCAUCGCCGUGGAUGUUGUGCAUUUGCUGGCAACAUUCCGGGAGAUUUCAUCACAGGAGAAAAUUAUUCUCGAAAAGCUGCAAGAUCGACGCGAAACCGAGCAGCUCGCUGGAACCCAGUCCGACGGAUUAUCUCGUGUGGCGUCUCGUGUGGCGGACUCAGGAGACUUGAUCACGAUGAUAAUCGAUGUGGUUCGCAAUCCGAAAACGCAUGGGAGAUCGUUGGACGGGUACGUCUACCAACCACACUUGAUAUCUGGAGAAUUAUACACUCGCCUGAAAAAGCUGGAGGCAUCAGGCACGUUUGGUCCAAGAAGCACAAACCCAAGAACGGUAUUUUCUGACGAAUCUCGGUCUUGGCUUGCAUCUUGGACGUGUCGCCGCACAUCGGUGGUUCCAAUUCAUAUUCUUCCGUCACCGAUGCAGAGCGAAGGAGUUUCAGGAGACAACAGCUUCCGACAGGCCAGUCAAUCGGGUCAUUUGGUUGUACUGGGCUUGCCGCUUCUAUUCCACUUCGAGUACUUGAUGCUGGUCGAGUACAUCGAAUGCGUCGUGCCGUUCGUCUACCUGGCGUACAAAUCCGUACUGGAACAAUUGCCGAACGUGGUAUAUUAUCCGUGUGGAGUGGGGAAAUGGGGGGCGACCGCAGUGACCAACUUGCUUGUGUUUGCAGUGCUGGAAGUUGGCUCACUCGUUCUUGUCCACUUCUUCCUGCGACGUAAGUUCGCCUUUUCGCCCCUGCACCAGCUCGCGUUCGUGUUGGAGACGCAGUUCAGCACCGUACAAGCUUCGCUAUUCUCACUCAUGCUUUUUACGCUCCAGUACCAACUCGCACAUCUAGGUGUUGACUUCACUUUUCACUUUGCUUGGCUUCGACAAUGA